UUCUCUCCCGAGAGUGAAACAUACCGGACGAAGGGAUGCCUUCCCUGCAACAGCCCACCUUCAAGGAUUUUCCCAGCCCGGACAUUGCCAGAUCGCUGACGGGGCCAGAUAUUCUGCAGAAGCAUUCCAUAAACUCGCUGCUGCUAGAGCACAAUGAGAUCAUCUCCCGAGGAUUGCCGUCACCGAUCGAAGAUAACAUGUCGCUGGCAGAGCUACUAGGCAGUUCGCAGACAUCUACUCCAACAUCGGCGCCUGCUUCCUCGCUGGUGACGAACGCCACCUCCUCCACCAGCAUGAUGGCGGCGGGUGGUAAAGGUGGUAGUACAAGCCACCAUCAAACCAGCAUUGCCGUCGCCCUAGCGCACACCAAUCACCACCCGCAUUUGCAGCAAAGCCAACUGAAUCAUCAACAGCAGCAUCAUCAUGCCACAGUUGGGUCAUUCUCGUCUCUUGGUUCGUCCCUAGGGAGCAACAGUAUGGUGGGUGCGACGCUUUGUGACGACAGUGCCAGCAGCAUCCUUAGCUCAGGUGGUGGAAACAGCACGACAAAAGGAUCCGUUUCGUCGAAUCCGUUCAACUUUACCAGUUUGCGGAUUCCGAGUCCAACGCUUAACUCGCCAGAUUUGCUGCUGAAUGGUGGACUGAUAGGAGGUGGCAUCACCGGAAGUAGUAGCAGCAGUAGCAGCAGCAGCAGCGGAAUCAGCUGCGGAGGCGAGGUGGGAAGCGGCGGUAGUGGUCAAUCUCCUACCACUACAUAUUCGUUCUAUUCGAGCUUGCUGCCACAGCAGCAACAGCCGGGAAGCAGCAGCGUCGGCAGCUCAGGAGCAGGAACCACAACCGAUGCCUUAAUUUCAGCUUCGUCAAAUGGUAGUGCCGGAAUGUACGAUGGAUUUCGGUUUGACCUGAUGCUCGGUUGCGGAAGUGACGGAAUAACGGCAUCUAAUGGAUUGACCACCGAAACACUGAAACAGCGACGACGAAACAUAAGUUUCGACUGUUCCUCUCCAACCACCAACGACACAACAUCUUCGUCACAUGGUGAAGGAGGAGGAUCUCCCACACUCACAUUGCUUUGCUCCAAUAAUGGGCGAAAUUACCGGAACGGUAGCUUUUCGCAGCCUCAACAAAACACCAUAUCCCAUCUUCAACAGCAACAAUCAACUAGCGUACAACAACAGUAUGACAUCCUAUCCGGGGGCAAUAGUGGAUCUAAUGGCGGCAACGGCAACAGAGCAGCAGUUGCAACCAAUAACGCUAGCAUCGGGAUGGGCGAUUUUGAUGCUAUCAGUGCCAGCAACAGUUCUUUGUCGCUGUUUGAAACCGGAAAUGGGGCAAUGUCCCGUUCACACUCACCGCCAGAUCAUUCGGACACCAGCAACUUGCUAACGACCCUAGAAAGCACAAGCCUGAUGGAUAUGCUUAAUAUGUUUACUCUAGGUCAGAGUACGAAUUCCAUCGCCACCCAGCAACAGCAACAACAUUCUCAUAAUCAAUUUGCGCCUUACACGUCGACUCCAAUCACGCCCUUCCAGCAGCAUCAACAAUCAACAGGAUCGGGAUCGUUCAGUGCACUCAACAACGCUAGCAACAAUAAUGGGAGCUUAGCGAACCUGUCGUCUAGCUUGAGUCUCGCGAACAACGUGUUCACGAGUGAUUAUGAACGGUUGCAAAAAAACCAAACCUACAACACGCUACGCCUUCUGCACCAAUCUCAGCAAAAGUCGCAACUGCAACAACUGCAGUUCAUUCAGCCACUGCUAUCAGCAGCUGCAACCGGGAAUAGUGGCAAUAUUUUCGGAAGCUGUAGCAGUAUUGCUACGAACAGCAGUAGCACCGUUGUUAAUAGCAGCAAUUGCACCAGCAGCAACGGAAACAAUAGUGGCUUGCAGGGAAAAAAUUGGUCCUCAUCACAACAUCAGCAGUAUCGUCAGGGUUCAUCAUCCCCUUCGCUUAACAGCGGUGGUGCUGGAAUGGCCGAUGUAAAUCUCGAUCGAAUCGCUAAAAUUUAUCGUUCCUCUGCUGCUCAUUACGAUGCUACUUGCACAUGGAGUGGUGUUUUGCCACCGCGAUCAAAUCGCUUGGUGACAUACUCUUCGAAAAUAUUUCUCGGCGGCAUGCCGUGGGAUAUAAGCGAGCAAUCGUUGGUGCAAAUCUUCAAACCAUUUGGCUCAAUAAAAGUCGAAUGGCCUGGUAAGGAGCAACAAGCGACACAACCGAAAGGCUACGUAUACAUAAUUUUCGAAUCGGACAAACAAGUCAAGGCAUUGUUGCAGGCAUGCACUUACACGAAUACUGGCCAUAAUGGUAGUAUGCACGGCAAUCAUGGUGGAUUAAACUCAGCCACCCACCUAUCCCAAACAGGUACAAAGAUCAACUUUAAGAUAUCCUCCAAGCGCAUCAAGUCGAAGGACGUUGAAGUGAUUCCGUGGAACAUUGCGGAUUCAAAUUAUGUCAAGUCUUCUUCGCAGAAGCUAGACCCAACGAAAACGGUGUUUGUUGGAGCUCUCCAUGGCCAGUUGACUGCCGAGGGUUUAGCGAUGAUAAUGAACGACCUGUUCGAUGGUGUCGUAUAUGUGGGUAUCGAUACGGACAAGUACAAGUAUCCGCUUGGAUCGGCUCGCGUAACGUUCAACAAUUCACGCUCCUACAUGAAAGCUGUCUCGGCUGCAUUCAUCGAGAUUCGAACAUCCAAAUUCACCAAGAAACUGCAGGUGGAUCCUUAUUUGGAGGAUUCCCUUUGCUCGAUGUGCACUGUACAACACGGACCAUACUUUUGCCGAGAAAGCAUGUGCUUCAGAUACUUUUGCCGUUCGUGCUGGCAAAUCCAACACAGCCGGGGAGUGUAUCUGCAAAAUCACAAGCCACUGACAAGGAAUUCUAAAUUCACUGCAAUCAUUGGCGUUGGUCCUCAGCAGCAGCAGCAGCAGCAGCAGCAACAUGCAUCCAGCAACAACAGCAAUAACCAUCACCUGCAACAACAGUCGUAUGAUCACAGCUCAUACUACAAUGGGCCACAACAACACCACCACCAUCAUCAUGGUGGAUCCGGCGGUCAUACACCGCAUAAUCAAUACCAUCAUCACAACACCGGUCAUCAUCAUCAACAGCAGUGUAAUCGUUUGGGUUUGCUCCAGCAGCAGCAGCAAAACUAUCGCGCACUUGCUAAAUCUCCAUCACCGUCAGUAGGUAGUGGUACUGAAAGCUCUAGUAAUACCAACAACGGUGGAAACGCUAGCUACCCUAGCAGUAACAGUUCUAGCCCUAUUGGUGGAGGCGGUAACAACACCCGUAGCAAUGCUGGCAGUUGCGCUAACAACAGCAGCCUUAACGGCAACAACAAUAACGUCAGCACAAAUACUGGUAGCAGUGGCAAUUGUGGUGAGCAUGUGCCCUCCUGCGUCGGAUCGUUGAACUUGCAACAACUUAACUAUUCCGCUGGCGGUAGUAUUGGUAGCAGCAGCAACAGCAAUGGUAACGGUGGUGGUGGUGGUUUGCUCAUUUAA